AUGAGCGCAAAGCGACGACGAGACGUCGAAGAAGAUGCCGACCACAACACCUCCAAGCGACAACGCAAAGCCGCCACUCCUGAGACACAAAAGUUCUUAUUUUCCAAGACUCGAAACCGAAGCCUUCUCACCUCCGCGCCGCCGAAGCUCAACUCCCGAAACGAGUCUGCCUACUUCAACCGCGCAAUCGAACCAGAAAGUCCCGAGCCCAGUGCCACCGCAGUCGCGCAGCGUCCCAGUUCUCAAGAACGGACGAGACCGCAACAGCAGCCAGAGACUCCAACCCGCACCGCGUCACAAGGUGGCCUUUUUGGCAGUGUGAGAAAGAUCUUUGGUUGGGUACGAGGAGGCAGUUCUCAAAGUGCGGCAGAAAAUCAGGAGCAACCACAACAAAGAAACAGCGGCGACCGCGAGUCUGACACAGCUACUGCCGAAGAAGACGAGGCCUCAGAUCAAGGCAGUCCUUCACCCACUCCUAGAAGAAUCACCUACGAGCCAGAGUCGCCAACUCCUGAGCCGGAAGCUGUCGACAGCAGAAUCUUCACCCGCGAACACUUCAAAAGACGGAGAACCGCAAACACCGUCGGCGGUCGUGAACAAAUCCCCUCAAUGGACCAGGCAGACUUCCACACAGCUCAGAUCCCAGGUAGCAACAAGCGCAAGCUUGCGUCUGUCGACGGUCAAGUUCCGGGACCUAGGCGAGGUGGUUAUGGUAUUGAUGACAGCUAUCUUGAUGUUGAAAACGAUGUCGAAGGCAUUGAAGAGUCGGCCUUGGCGGAGGGCCAGCCGUCGACUCCUUCAAACAAGGCACCACCACAGACACCUUUGCGCUCAGCCAUGCGACAGACCCUCAACGCCACUGGACGUUCCGCAAAAUCAGUCCGCAUUAACUCUGUUCCCACUUCGGCCAAGGCUGUCUAUGGGCAGUAUGGCCCUGCGGGAGAUUAUCGUGGCAGCACCUUCGCAGACAUGUCGAGCCAGCACACCGAUUCACCUUCAGACCUUCCAUGGGAUGUGAAGGCUAUGCACUCUCCAGACACAAUGCGUAACACUUACAACAAUACACCAUACCGUUAUGAUCCUAGCGUCACCGAUCCUACAAAUGAGACUUGGCGACCUUCGCCCGCGAAUCCUCGACCGGGCAAUUUUGUGCUUCCUGAUUUCGAGGAUGACGAAGAUGAUGGUGAGGAGACCAGCGAAGUGACACUGGACCAGGUGCAAGGCAAAGUACCAUCAGAACCACCGAGCACACCCAGAAUGUCACAUGCCGAGCUUCCUCAACCAUCUCCAUUUGAUCAAUCCGGAUUUACAGGUCACACUGAUAGUAUCAUUGUCAACGAUACACAGGAGAUUAGACUGAACAAAGCAAGAUCAGACGCACAAAAGUACAAGCCUGCCAAGUCGUCGCGCCUUUCGCUCAGUGAGCAAGCUCGGUCACGCUCCUCAUCCCCACCGGGCCUAGACAGCGAAUUUCGUGAGUCGCAGAUCGACGUCAGCACUCCCGAGCCGGUUGGUGGCCACACAUUCACCAGUCCUCAGGAUACCACCAUAGAGACUGCCUCGUCUCUUCAUUCACUAAGCCGGGACGACCUGGACAACACCGUCGUCGGCGAAGACGGCAUGACCGAAUAUGAACGAGAGCACCAGUAUGACGCGUGGGCGGCAGACAUCUUCAAAAACGUCCCAUCUCAGACAUACAUCGAAGCAGGCGUCGUAUCGUCCUACGUCGACAACCUCGUGCAGAAGACCUGGACUGAUAGAGAUACCAGAGAAAGUAUUGAAUUCUGGAACAGAGAGUUUGACGAAGGGCUGAAAGCUGCACGCGGGGCCAGAGAACAGGGUAGAGAGCUGAUCUGGGUGACAGACCCGGAUGAGAUCGUCGAACUGGAGCAGAGCGUGUAUUAA